AUGCCGUUUUCCCAUCUCUCUGACUUUGCCAAUCGCAGGUAUCUGGUGUUUGCAGCGGUGGAGGAGCAGCUCACCAACGCCAAGAUCCAUGUCAUUGAGGCCGCACGGGUGGCCAGAGAGACCAACCGCAUCCUCGUGCUGCCCAAGGGGUCCCACAGCCAUCUGUCGCUGGGUCGAUCCAUGCCCAUGUGUGCCUACUGCGACUUGGCUUAUCUCAACGCCACCGAGUGGGUCUCCCCCGAGUUCUUCCUUCUCCUCGCCCGGGCUGCCUUCGUCAAACCCACUGUCAGCUACCUCUGCGUUGACACUCCCGAGCUCGGCAGACCCUGCUUCGGCACAACGGAAAUUGCAGGGAGUCUGGGGGCAGUGUUCACGCUGGCCAUGGGGCACGUACCCACGGGGGGCAACACCAUCUGGCUACACAUGCCUGCCCGCUUCGACCAGAUCCAGUCCCUGCUCAACGCUUGGAAGCACAGGGAUGUGGUGAUAUACGCCAAGAACACAUAUGAGCGUUUCGAUCGGGAAACAGACGACAUGGCGCAUGUGUUGCUGCCGUACGCCCGAGAGUGGCACCUCGCUGCCAAGCGCAUCGUGGCCCGCCUUCCGAAACCCUUCAUCGGCGUCCAUUAUCGCUCCGAGUUCAUCGCCUUCCGACUGGUAUGCUGCCCCUUCUUUGCUGCUGAGGCUUUGAGCGUUAGACGGGCGACAUGA